AAGCCCUAUAAAUAAUCCAAGGACUGUAUUUUUCCUCCAGAUUUCUCUUCAGACCUCAAAGGAAAAACUAUCAGGCAGAGGAAGGCAGAGAGGGAGAAGGGAAAGUGAGGAGGAGAGAGAGAGAAAGAGGAAAGAUGGCUAGUGAGUUUAAAAAGAAAAUGUUCUGGAGGGCAGUGGUGGCUGAGUUCCUUGCCAUGAGCCUCUUUAUUUUUAUCAGCAUUGGCUCGGCUCUGGGCUUCAGCUUCCCCGUGGUGGGCAACAAAACAUCCACGAGGUCCCAGGACAACGUGAAGGUCUCGCUGGCUUUUGGGUUAUCCAUUGCUACCAUGGCCCAGAGCGUGGGCCACAUCAGCGGGGCCCACCUGAACCCGGCUGUGACCCUGGGGCUGCUGCUCAGCUGCCAGAUCAGCAUCUUCAAGGCGCUCAUGUACAUCCUUGCCCAGUGCCUGGGGGCAGUGGUGGCCACGGCAAUUCUGUCAGGAGUCACCUCCUCUCUCCCAAACAACCUCCUGGGGCUCAAUGCGCUUUCAGAGGGAAUCAAUGCAGGCCAAGGACUGGGGAUCGAAAUCAUUGCCACCUUCCAGCUGGUGUUGUGUGUCCUGGCCACCACGGACCGGAGAAGGAACGAUGUCUCGGGAUCAGCACCCUUGGCCAUCGGUCUCUCUGUUGCCUUGGGGCAUCUGCUUGCUAUCGACUACACCGGUUGUGGAAUUAACCCGGCCAGGUCCUUUGGCUCGGCACUGAUCGCCAACAACUUUGAAAACCACUGGAUCUUCUGGGUUGGCCCAAUCAUUGGAGGAGCAAGUGCUGCCCUGAUCUACGACUUCAUCCUGGCUCCCAGGACCAGCGACCUGACCGACCGCAUGAAGGUGUGGACCAGCGGCCAGGUGGAAGAGUAUGACCUGGAAGGAGAUGACAUGAACUCCCGUGUGGAAAUGAAGCCCAAAUAAAGGAGGACAAGGAAGGGGGGAAAAAAAAAAGAAAAAAAAAAAAAAAAAAAAAGAAAAAAAAGCAGCACAUUGGUUUCCGGAGAUUUUAUCAGUGUUAUAGACUCUUUGUAAACCAGCAAGCAGUACUUUGGUUUUUUUAAUUCAAUAUGGUUUUCCCUCUUAUGCCCCCAAUCCUAAUAAUAUUAUUUUUUUUAUAUAUCUGUGGUUUUCCAAUUAUAGAGUCUUUGGCCAAGAAGUCAUUUUUAGACACCUCUGCAUGAGCUAAAUAAAUUGGGCUGAAAUGUAACCCCUCCCUUGCUAGCACCAAAUCUUCUGGUGUAUUUAGCAUGGGCAGUUCUCCCACCACAUCACUCAGUAAUGAUAAGUAGUCCAAAUGACCAGUCUGUUUGCUGAAAGAAUAGAUAUUGAGGACAGAGAACCAUCAUAAUGUGGGACUUACAUCUGAAAAAAAAGCAUUUAUAAAAAAAUGCGAGGCUGGUAUCUAAUGCCAGCAAUGCAUGGGAAAAUCUAUCUCAAAUCAUUGUCCAAAAGUCUCUUUUGGAAUGAAAGGCCACUAAAAAUUACUUGUUAUGUAGAAUUAACCGUAAUUUUGUAAAUGCUUGAUCUUCUCUGAGAAAAGUUUAGCAGGGUAAAAAUCUCCAGAGUCCCGGGAUCCUUUAGACUUUCCAAUGUUUUCAUUCUCCCUAAACCUGCAUCCAGCUCAUGGUGAGGGGACAGAAUAUGGGACAAAAA